GCUCUCGCAAAUUUCGCUUCUCGUCUCACCAUCGUAAAAAACACUUGACACGGGCUCGUGACAAGCAGUAACCGACAGAUUUAUAACGAACACGGAGAACACGGGGCCCUUCUUUGCGAAUCGCGCGCGGCCGCACCGCAACCUCGUCGACGAUCGCCUGGACUGCAUUCGUAAAAACUACGGGGGAUGCGAGACACGGUGACGGGCGAUGACGGGACAAGCGUGGGGGUCGAGGUUCCUCCUCGUUCUGGCGACGAUCACGAUCGUCAUCGCCAAUUAUCAGCGGCAUCGCGACAGGUCCCACCUGCGCGAACAGCUUGUUAACGGCCGCAAAAUCACCAGGAAUAUCAGUCAACUGCAAGAGGAGAUAACCGCCAAUCUGCCUCCUUUGCGAGUCCCGCGUUUGCGGCACCACCGUGUCACAGAUUGGAACCCGUACUUCGAGAAUGCAGACGGCCAGGGUAUCAACGGCUCGCAGAACGUGCAGUUGCAUCUCGGCGCGACAGCUCUCCUCGACUGUCGCGUGGCCAUGCUUUCCGGCAAGAAGGUCAUGUGGCUACGACGCAACGCCGACUGGGCAUCUCUCCUGACUCUCGAUAAUACCACUCACAUAUCGGACUCGAGGUACAGCGUGAGAUUUCAGUAUCCGAACAACUGGAGAUUGGCCAUCUCCAGCGUGCGGAGAGAGGAUCACGGGGUGUACGUCUGCCAGGUGAACACACACCCGCCGCGGAUGCUGGUCACGAACGUCACCGUUCUGGCGCCGGAUAUUAGAAUCGUCGACGAGGCCAGACAUGAGCUGCGGGACCGAUACUACAAGACCGGAAGCGGUAUCGAGCUAUCGUGCGUCGUCCGACCAUCCUGUCCCGACUCGAGGGUACCGUAUCCUGUCUGGCGGAAAAAUGGUGAGAUGUUGCCGGAUCACGUCAACGUUUAUCAAGUUAAUGGGUCGAACGAGGACGUGAUAACAAAGCUGCACAUCGAACGAGCGAAAAAGACUGACAGCGGGGAAUAUACGUGCUCAGUGAGCCAAUUCAGCACGACCGCGGUGCACAUUCACGUCCUAAAUGGUGAAAAACAAGCCGCAGUUCAUCACGAUCAGUGGAACGCGGCGCGCGCUGCCAAUCAUCACGCGGGUUUCGCCGAGUUCUACGCGGUGUCCGUCAAUUUCCUCCUUCACAUGUGGCGAAGUUAUUACUCCCUGUGAAAACUUAUUUUUCAUCGUCGCGCUCGUGCGUUCAUGUAUCGCACGCGAGAGUAUCACGUCAACGUCGAUCCGAUAUUACCGUUAUCGAUAUCCGCGCGAUAACGUACUUCAAAGCGAUUCGCCGAUUAUCAUACAAGAUAACAAUUUUCGAUUCAUUCGUCCUUCAUUCAUAAACGACGUCACUAUGAACCAUACGAAACACUGUGAGCACUGAAUGAA